AUAACGCCUAUGGAGUACGUGCAUGUGUCCUCCCUGAGGGGUUUCGGCAACAGCCCCCCCAUGCCGGGGCACAGCUCUGCUGCCUGCUCCCCGGCUGUCCCUUAUCUCCCUGCACAGACCUGCGCCCUGACUCCCGCGAAACCAAGCCCUGCGCCUGGGCCGUGGAUAAAGAGCUGGCCAGGUGAUGGGACCUCUGUCUGGUGGCCUCGCUCCUUGUCUGGUGUGGCUCGCUCCGGCAGCUGGACUCGUUCACAAGUGCUCGGCCAAGACAAUGUACCAGCGUUUCCUUUUCCUUUUCUUCCUCUCCUUCCAUCUCCACAAAUGCCAAGAUCAAAUCCUGGGUGAAGAUCCAUAUGAAAUGCCCAAAGACUACCAGGAGGUCUACAGAGGGACAAAAAAUGACAUCAGAGAGAUCCCAAAGAUUGCAAAGCCCUUCAUUUCUGAGAUGAUCUUCGUGCAAACCAGCAUCACUGCUAUAAGGAAAGGUGCCUUCAGGUACAUGCCCAACCUGAUCAAGAUUUUGUUUAUUGGCAACAAGAUCAAGACAGUUGAACCUGGAGCCUUUGAUAGUUUGGAGAAGCUGAGGGACUUGGAGAUCUCCGGUGCCUCAUUAGAGGAACUAGCUGUGGGCACUUUCCAAAACCUCCCAAGCUUGCAGAGGCUGGAGCUGAGGGACAGCCACCUCAGACACAUCCCCAAAGGCCUGUUUGAUGGGCUGGAGAAAUUGGGAGAGCUCUCCCUGCACAUCAAUGCAAUCCCUUCUCUUCCAGAGGGCGUUUUUGAUUCUCUCAUCAAUCUAACAUUUUUGGACCUGUCUAGAAACAGGAUCACGGCUCUUCCUGGGGAUGCCUUUAGCAAACUCCCCCGUCUGCAAGUCCUCCGGCUGUAUGAGAAUGAGCUGCAGGACCUCCCGGAAGGGCUGCUAGAUGGUCAGAUGGGGCUGCUGGAGCUCAGUCUCCAGAGGAACAGGCUCAGGGUGCUGCCAUCCAUGCUCCUGAGGAGCCUGCCUCACCUGGAGAAACUCCUCUUGGACAACAAUCUCAUCAGGGCUCUCCCACUCCAGGGAUUUUUUGGUUUAAACAAAUUGAAGCUGCUGACUCUGGAUUCAAACCGUAUUACAGAGCUCCCCUGCUGCCUUUUUGACACUAUGCCACACCUGCGGGAGUUGGACCUCAGCAGGAACAGUUUGUCUACACUUCCAGAUGACCUCUUUGUCAACCUCACAUCUCUCAGUAAACUCAUCUUGUCCCACAACCAGCUAGCAACCCUGCCAAGAGGAGCCUUCACUGGGCUCAGCAAGCUCUCAGACCUCCAGCUAGACACAAAUCUACUCUCUGCUCUGGAUGGUGAGGUCUUUGCACCUCUCCCAAAUCUGAAAACCCUCAACCUUCGGAAGAACCAGCUGGAGAAUGUUCCCCGAGGGCUCCUGGACCCCCUGAGUAAGCUCAGCUCAGUGUAUCUGAGUGGGAACCCAUGGAGAUGUGACUGCAACCUCUGCUACCUGCACAGCUGGAUUCUGAGCAACAGUGAGAAGGUUAAAUUGUCCACCCAGGUGUCAUGCAAGAAUCCACCCCACCUGGCAGGGCAAGCAGUGACAUCACUGAGAGAUGACCACUUAAUUUGCCCAGCUACUCUACCUCUUUCAGCUUCUUUCACCCCAGCUCUACUGUUCACCUCCACGUCAUCACAAGGAAUGUCAACCUUGCUGUCACCUGGAGCCUUGCCCACUGCAGCACCAACCACACUGUCAUUGGCAGCCUUUCCCACCAUGACACCGCCAACUAUGCCAUCACCUGUGGCCACCUCUGCCAUCUUGCCAACCAUGCCAGCAGAGGCCUUCUUCACUGCUCCAUCAUCAACCAUGCCGUCUAAGGCCUCCAUCACCACACCAUCACCAACUGUGCAGCCCAAGACCUCCAACACCACACCAUCAUCAGCCAUGCUGCCAAAGGCCUCCAUCACCACCCCCUCACCAGCUGUGCUGCUGAAGGCCUCCGUCACCACCCCCUCACGAGCUGUGCUGCCUGAGACCUCCGUCACCACCCCAUCACCCACUCGGCUGCCUGAGACCUUCAUCACCACUCCAUCACCAGCUGUGCUGCCUAAGACCUCCAUCAACACCCCAUCACCAAUUGCGCUGCCCAAGGCCUCCAUCACCACCCCAUCACCAGCUGUGCUGCUCGAGCCCUCCAUCAGCACACCAUCACCAACUGUCCUACCCAUGGCUUCCAUCACCACCCCAUCACCAGCUGUGCCACAGGAGGCCUUCAGCUUGUGUCCAGCUCCAGCCAUCAUAAGCCUACAGCCUUCUGGAGCCACCAGCCCAGAGCCUGCACAGUCCACUCUAGCUUCUGCCACUACACUGGUGCCAACCAGCACACAGGCAACCACCACCAAACGAGUGCCUCCUGGUCUUCUGACACCCACAGAGAGGUCAGAUGUUGUCCCACGGAGGACACCCAUCAUCUCCCUUGUCUCAGCCCCCACCACAGCACUCUGGCCACCCUACAGGGUGGCUGUACCAGGCCAGGAGCGGGACCAUGCCACUGCAUGGAGCUUGUCCACGGUCGGCACCCAGACUGCUCCCACUGUCCCCCGACACGCUCCCAGCCCUGCAGGCACCAUCCCAUCCCCAAUGCCUCCUGUCCCCCCACUGAGAGACCAUACAAGCCCCUGGCCAGCCUCCCCACCCCUGGCUCCCAGUGGCCAUCACAGCUGGAGCUUUGCCCUGCGGUCCAGCCCAUGGCACUGCCGGGUCUCCCUGGCCCUGGGUCUGGCCGCGCUGGUGCUGCAGGUGGGCUGCAUGCUCCUAUGGGGGAAGCUCACCCUCCUCCUUCACCAAGCCACCUGCCACCAGGGCCACCCCGUGCCACCAGUAAGGCUGCUGAGUCUCCAAGCCCUGGCUGCCCCGGGGUCUCCCGAGCAAGCCUGGGCACUGCUUUGAGCUUCAGUGCCCCUGCGUGAUCUGGGCAAUGCCCAUCACCCUCCUUGGGGUUCUGGAGCCGUGCUGGCCAUGGGGUGCGUAUGUCAUGGAGUGCGGACCUGCCUGGGUGGGCUGCAGUCCCCCAGGGGUGGUUGUCCCAGUACCCAUGCUGUUUUGGGGUGCCUCCCAACUGUCCCCUGGAGGUGCUGUGAGCCUGGGGAGCCUGGACAUGGUGUCACUGCCUGACGGGCCCUUCUGCCAAGCGACACUAGAUGGCAUCCCGACACAGGCAGUGGCUGCCACCGUCUGACCAGGGCCACCGGCAGCAGAGAGGGUGACGAGUGGCCCUGGAGGCACCGCACUCGGAUGGCUGGGACCUCGCUGGACAUCAGCAAGGCCACAGCCCGGUCUUGCUUGCCAGGGUCUGGUCGGGGCUCCUGCCUGCAUCUCCUCCCCACCCCUGGCAGGUACCUGCAAGCUGCAGUCAGUCCUUGGGGAAGGACAUCCUAAGGCCUCCUGCCCUGCGCCCCGGCUUCUUCCCCACGUCGUGUUACGGGAUGUGCCAGUGCCUGUCCGUCCAUCAUAAUACUUUGACCUCUUUCCUUCUCUUUCUCCCUUUCCUCCUCACCAAUAUUAAAGCCUCCCCUGCAUCUCUGCCGUGCACUGAAGGGCUGGUGGGAGGAGUACUUUCAUCCCAGGGCUUUUCUCGCCGUGACCUGCUGCGGGGGAUUCCUGUUGCUUGCUGGAGGGUGGGGUCCCCAGCCAGUGCUGGCCCUCAGGGACCGCUGGAGGACCAGGGUUGCACACUUCCUCCUGCCGGCAGCGGCAUAGCGAGACAAUAGACAUCCUUCUUGUCCUCCUCUUAAAUAUCAUGCCUCUAAAACCUCUGCGAUGCUGCCUGCCCUGGCCUCUCUGGAAGUGUAAUGUUUGAGCAUGGCCAGCCACGUGGCUCUCAUACCAUAACUUCACCUGACACUGAGCCCCGACUGCAGGCUGGGCCGCGGGAGGCUCUUUGGAAGCUCGGUAGGAAGGGGAUAACUCUUCUCAUAAAUGCAGGCUUGAUGUGCAUCUCCACUCUGCAGUCCUGGGCUGACACCGGGGCCAGGAAAGUGCCCAACUUAAACAAAAGUGGCUGUUCUUGAGGGUUUUCUGGAAGUGGUAAAGCUUUGACUGGAAAGCUUCACCCCAGGAGAUUUUUUUGAGCCAAUGAGCACGGGUUGCUCCUUGGUCUGAGUUUUGGGUGCCUUCCUGUGCUCUGACUUUGCUCCCAGAUAUAAUCACCCCGAUUAUUGCAGGGUUGCAGGUGUCUGCCUUCAACUCCUCACCUGUGCCACCGGUGCUUGCUCGGUCCUGCUGUGCCUUUGGGUGCCGUCCCCAUGUGUGGGGGCUUCCUGGCUUUGGGGGUGUCUCUGGGGGGAGAACCCCUGAAAAUCAAUAGUCUGGGCACGUGCUGGGCAAAGAGCCGUGGGGAAGCGGCUCAGAAACCUCCCGGCCGGGGAGCCCCGAGUGCCCCAGCUCCCCUGCCUGGUGCAAGACCAAGGGAGGGGGAAUGGGGCUGUGCAUUAGGGACCUGGAUAUAUGUCUUUGCUAAGAGCCUGUGCAGUGUUACAGACCCUUCGGCUGCUCCUUGAAGUCCCGCUGACGGCUGUGAAAUACGGGAGGCGAGCUCAGGGCAGCACAUCUGGGCGGGAUGGAGCGAGCGGCUGCGAGGCCGGGGCUGGCACGGUGGGUAAUGAGCCGCAGAUGAGGGGAGGGAGUGUUUUUCCUGGCAGUCCAGAUGGGCUCGACUUAAUACUUGAUUUAGAGGGUUUGAAAGGUGGGGGGGGCUGGCUGCCGGGGACCAGACCCCGAGCACUUCCCGGGGCGACAAUGGAGGGGUGUCCGCUGGAUUUUCAGAUAUUUAAUGGCCCAGCGCAGUCUAAACAGGGAAGUACUUCGGGGUGAGAUUAGCACAACAUAAUCACAUCUUAAAAGGUCUUCAGAGACACAAGGCACGUCCGCUCUCAUAUUAAUUACUUGUUAUUAAUAAAGCUGGGGUCAGGCUAGAGGUGUUCGCUCCAGAGCGUGCUGAUUCCCUCUUUGCAGAGCGGUGGUGUAUCCGAAAGCAGCACAAAGCGCCGCAGCCUCCACCUGCGCCCAUCCCAUUCCGGAAACCAAAUGACCAACAUUCCUUCAGCCGCCUUUAAAACUAA